ACACACACACAUAUAUAUAUAUAUAUAUAGAGAGAGAGAGAGAGAGAGAGAGUGGCAAUAUAUGAACAGCAGAUUGUAGCAAAUUAAGUAAGAAGUUAAAAGUAGAUAUGUCAAGGUUUAGUAACACUGUAAUAGGUCUAUUGAACCUAUUCACACUGUUAGCAUCAAUACCCAUCAUCGGCGGUGCUUUAUGGAUAGCAAGAAGCAGCGCCACCUGUGAAAGCUUCCUCCAAACGCCACUUCUAGUGAUCGGAUUCGUAAUCUUGAUAGUAUCGUUGGUGGGUUUCAUCGGUGCAUGCUUCCACUUAGCAUGGGCACUGUGGGUCUACCUGCUGGUCAUGUUGUUCCUGAUCGCAGCCUUGCUGGUCAUCACCAUUUUUGGGUUCAUCGUGACAGGAGCAGGUGGCGGAUCAGAAGUUUCAGGCAGGGUAUACAAUGAAUAUCACUUGGAGGAUUAUUCGCCAUGGCUGAGGAAAAGAGUUGAGGAUCCAAAGUAUUGGAUGACGGUAAGAAGUUGUAUUUUGGGGUCCAAGACUUGUGGGGAUAUCGUUAUGUGGUCUCCUGUUGAUUAUUUAACCAAGGAUAUGUCUCCAAUUCAGUCAGGUUGUUGUAAGCCACCAAGUGUAUGCAACUAUCAGAUGACAACGAUGGAUCAGGAUCUAGACUGCUACAAAUGGAACAACGAUCCAGACGUAUUAUGCUACGAGUGUGACUCGUGCAAAGCCGGGGUGUUGGAGGAUGUGAGGAGAAAUUGGCGCAAACUCUCGGUUCUUAACGUUAUUAUGACGUUGCUUCUCAUCGGCAUAUAUUGCAUCGGUUGUUGUGCCUUUCGGAACACACGGAGGGCCGAGACAGAUUAUCCAUAUGGAGAAAACCGAAUGUCCAAAGUCCGACCCAGAUGGGAUUUCUUUUGGUGGAGAUGGUGGCAUGAAAGAAGACACUCGCUUUAUUGAAAGUAAAUUCAAGAAGUAUCUUGCUUUUUACCUUUCUACCCUCGCUGAUUCUUCUUCCUGUACAUUACGUUUUCUAUCCAUGUGGUUUGUUUAGAAUU